CAUUCAAUCGCCUGCUUCGCUGUUCACAGGAUCUGAGGACCAACUGCAGCACCCCUGUCUUUACUCAGUGAAGUCAACAGUAUUCUGAAGAUCUGAAGACAUGGCUGUUGUUAGUGGAACGUAUCGUAUGGUGUCAGAGGAGGAGCAGGCUCUCCGUGCAAAACUUGAGCACCUGACAGUCAAGGACCAUGGGCCUGUGUUCGGGCCUUGUGCCAAGCUGCCUGACCACACCAUGCAGAAGGCAAAGGAUGAGCUAGAUGAGACAGAAGAGAAAAGGGUGUCUGCUGUGAAGGAACUGAGGGGCAUCAUCAAAGAUAAGGGGGGAGAGGACCUGGGCAAGGGUGUUGUCGAUACCUUUGGGGAGAAGCCUGAUGGUGUGCUGCUGAGGUUCAUCCGUGCCAGGAAAUAUGACGUGAACAGAGCCUAUGAACUCAUGAAGGGCUACGUGCGCUUCAGACGCGACUACCCUGAGCUGUUUGAGAACCUAACCCCUGAGGCUGUGAGGAGCACCAUUGAGGCUGGCUACCCUGGCAUCCUCCCCAACAGAGACAAGUACGGCCGCGUGGUGCUGCUCUUCAACAUUGAGAACUGGGACUAUGAAGAGAUCACCUUCGACGAGAUCCUGAGGGCCUACUGUGUGAUCCUGGAGAAACUCCUGGAGAACGAGGAGACUCAGAUCAAUGGUUUCUGCAUUAUUGAGAACUUCAAGGGCUUCACUAUGCAGCAGGCUUCAGGCAUCAAACCCACUGAGCUGAAGAAAAUGGUGGACAUGUUACAGGACUCCUUCCCAGCCCGUUUCAAGGCAGUGCACUUCAUCCACCAGCCAUGGUACUUCACCACCACUUACAAUGUGGUCAAGCCCCUGAUGAAGGGCAAACUGCUGGAGAGGGUGUUUGUUCAUGGUGAUGAGCUAGAAAACUAUUACAAGGAAUUUGAUGCUGAUAUUCUCCCUUCUGAGUUUGACGGUAAAGGCUCCAAGUACGACGGCAAGGCGACAGCGGCUAAGCUAUUUGACUGAACAUGACCAAUGGGACCACACACAUACAGACCCCAGGGGAGAAUUGUAAUAAUGGUAUUCAUUUUAACAAAAUUGUAGGUUAACGUGAACUGUGUAAAAACAAAUACAUUGAUAGCCUGAGUGCAACGGAAUGAAGCACGUGGGAGCCACAAGAGAGAAAACUUUGGCCAACGUGCUCCCUCUCUUCAACUUAAGCCACUCAGUGCCUUACAAAUCUGCUGUUCUUAUUUACAAGCUGGCUCACUGCUGAGCACAAAGUCAUCUGGAACCUGACUGCCACUGUGUUUAGUGGGUUUACUUUGGACAAUUUAAAACAUAACCCAAAUCUAAUUUGAUUAUCCAUGUGUUAGAACUUUACAAAGGACUGAGGAAGAUGGCUUUCCCUAUGACGCUCCUGUUUCCCUAAGUGGCUUUCCCUUUACGUAAACAAAAUCAGACAUGUCCCUGAUGUGAAUUGCUUCCCAUUAGUAUCUCCAAGGUUCCAAUGCUUUUUGUCCUGACAGUGAUGUCCUCAAGACCAACACGUAUCUAUUCGUUUGUUUUGUUUUGUUUUUAUUUGACUCCAAUGGGAAAUGUGUGUUCACAGAGAGUAUAACCCUCUGCAGAUACCCAAAAUGUCAUAAACAUGCCACUACACAACUAUGUGUACAAUAAACUGUAUAUAAAGA